AUGAUGCGGUUGCGUACUGGGCGGGUCACGACUUUCCCACAGUCGAACAUGCCUUCUGGCCCCAACGACCAGGCCCAGCAGCCUCUGGGCUCUGGCUUUCCCAGCUCAAAUCUCUACCCGAGCCAAAGCAUCUGGAACGCCGCUAUUGCCAAUAAUAGGGAGCGCACCGGUGCUGCCGCCCAAGACUCCGAUCCCAGUCCCACCGGUUCCAGCGCCCUCAACGCAAACUCGCAAGCCGAUGUCUGGGCCUCCAGACGCUGGAACCACGACCAAACCGCUCGUUCCGCUAGCACUUCACCCAACCGAACCCGCGAGGCUGGUCUUGUCAACGGCGCCUUCUUCGACCAUUCCCAAUCCGCCGCCAUUGGCCAGAACAGGCCGGCCUUUGACACUGGUAGCUUCGUUGUUCCCUUCCCGACCCAGCGUGCCCCUCACGAUGCCUCCUUCGAUGCCAUGGCCGCUUUCGCACCCCGCGAUCAGACUCUGCCUGCCUCGCGCCAGUCUCAGGGUUCCCCCGCCUUCGCUGACCUCCUCAACCCCCACGGCCAUAGCAACUCGGUCCACUCCCAACGAGGCCUCAACGGCCAUGUGAGCCAUGCCGCUUCCAUGUCCACUGCCAACCAGCGCGCAUUCAACUACAACACCAGGGUCGACGACGAUAUGUCCCACCAGCUCGCCCAUCGCUUGAAUCUCGACUACUACCCUGGCGCAUCCACUGCCAAUCCGACCUCGCAAACAUUCCAGCUCAACCCUGGCUCCCAGCCCUGGAUGGCUGAUACUACCUCCCGCUACCAAUCCGGUCUUGAAUACUCGACAUCCGAGGCCAUUGGUUCCCAUGUCUCUGCUAUCAGACGCGGCUCCACCGAUAGAAUCUCUCCAUCCCCCACCUACCGCUUGGAGUCAACCAACAGCCCUCGUGCCAACCACACCCUCGCUUCGGAUGUCUGGGGCCCUCGCCCAUCCUCUCACGAUUCCCGCACUGCCGAUAUUGACCGCCGCUCCCAGUCUCAGCUGUUUCCUCCCACCUAUCCUCCUCAACCCUUCUACGGAAACCAGUUCCCCUACGGAGCCAUGCCCUCCCAAUAUCCCCACGGCUUUCUCGACCCUUACCCGCAAAACUACCGCCACCCUCUGCUCCAAAACUACGGCAUCCCCUCCAUGUCAUCUGCUUAUGCUACCAACGGCGGUCUUCAGCCUGUGCGAUCCUCGCGCGAGCAGGAACUCGCAAAGCCUGUCCGCAGCUUCCUUCUCGACGACUACCGCUCGAACUGCAAGUCCAGGCGUUACGACUUGAAGGAAGUCUAUGGCCACAUUGUAGAGUUUAGCGGCGAUCAGCAUGGCUCCCGCUUUAUCCAGUCGAAGCUCGAAUCUGCCAACAGCGAUGAAAAGGAUCGGGUUUUCUGCGAGAUUGAGCCCAAUGCCAUCCAGCUCAUGAAGGAUGUCUUUGGCAACUACGUCAUUCAAAAGUUUUUCGAGCACGGAAACCAGGUUCAGAAAAAGAUUCUCGCCGAGAAAAUGCGGGGCAAAGUUGUCGACCUCUCGGUCCAGGUCUAUGCCUGCCGAGUAGUCCAAAAGGCUCUCGAGCAUGUUCUUGUUGAGCAGCAGGCUGCGCUCACCAAGGAGCUUGACCCCGAGAUCCUCCGCGUCAUCCGUGACCAGAAUGGUAACCACGUCAUCCAGAAGAUUAUCGAGCUCGUCCCCAGACAGUACAUUGACUUCAUCAUGGACGCCGUGCGCGGCCAGGUCACCGGCCUCGCUUCUCACACCUACGGUUGUCGAGUUAUCCAGCGCAUGCUUGAGCACGGCACUGACAUUGACAAGCUUGAAAUUAUGACUGAGCUGCACGCGUCUGCGCAGAUUCUGAUUACCGACCAGUAUGGAAACUACGUCGCGCAACACGUCAUCCAGAACGGCAAGCCUGAAGACCGCGACAAGCUUAUCCAGCUUGUCAUGUCCCAGCUGCUUACCCUAUCCAAGCACAAGUUUGCUUCUAAUGUUGUCGAGAAGUGCAUCGAGCACGGCACCCAACAGCAGCGCUCCGCCAUUCGCGUGCAGCUCACUACUGUUGGCCCGGACGGUACCAGCCCACUGCAGCUGAUGAUGCGCGACCAGUACGGCAACUAUGUCAUCCAAAAACUCUUGGGUCAGCUGCAAGGCGCCGAGAAGGAGAUUCUUGUCGAAGAGAUAAAGCCCCAGUUCUACACGCUCAAGAAGAAUGGUGCAUCGCGCCAGCUCCAAGCUCUUGAGAAAUUGCUAGGCCUCGGCAACCGCAGCGACAACGACCACUCGGCCACGCCCACUCCUGCAUUGACCAACGAGACCAGCAGCCCACAGACCAACAGCCCACCUAGCACUCAUGCUAGUGCCGUGAGUCUGGCUUCAACUGAUGCAACCCAGAAGGCAUCUAGCCCAACCCCCGGGGCUGUCAAGGUGCACGAGGAGGAAGCUUAA